AACAGAAGUUCCUGCGCGUGGACUGUUAACUGCAAAUAAGUAUUUUUGCCCCACCCACAAUCAACUACGUCACGAAAUACGGAAAUGAAGGAUUAAAGGAGUAAACAAACCCCAAAUCUCUUGGUCGAGAAGCAGAAUAACUUCGGACAAGGUCAAAUGUGCUUGGAAGAGCAUUUAACUUAGCUCUUAGCCUGUUUUAUUUCAUAAAAUGGACCCACCAAGGCGCUUGCAAGUGUAUUGUGCACACUAGCCUAUUCGAUGAGAACACAUUGCUGAUUGUAUUCAAACAGAGGCGCUUGUUUCACUUGUGACACGUGUUUGCAGUGGGCCUGCACAUAAAUGGAAGCUCCAGUCACACCUCCAUUGCCCCCCAACUCAUCCCUGUCUCCCCCUAUCCCUCUGCAUCCAGCAGUUGCCCCAUCAGUAGAGCUUGGAAUCACCAUACUCUACACUGCUCUGUAUGGAAGCCUCUUUCUGGUAGUAUAUGCCCAGCUUUGGCUCCUCUUACUUUAUCGACACAAGCGGUGGAGCUACCAGAGUGUUUUCUUGUUUUUAUGCCUACUUUGGGCUGCCCUUCGUACCACUCUGUUCUCCUUUUACUUCUGCAAUGCCCUGGAGGCCAACCAUCUGCCCACGCCCAUCUAUUGGCUGCUCUACUGCUUCCCUGUGUGCUUGCAGUUCUUCACCCUCAGCCUCAUUAAUCUCUACUUCACUCAGGUGUUACUGAAAGUGAGAGAAAAGUACAGCUCAGAGCCUGGCAAAGAACUGUGUUUGGCACGCUGUAUGUACGCCACAUUAAGCGUCUUGUUCUUGUGUGUCAACGUGGUGUGUGCUGUUCUCGGCCAGCGCGGGGAAGAUGGAGGCCGAACAUGGAGUUUGGUUCUGGUCCGGGUCUUGGUCAACGACCUUCUCUUCAUCCUUGAGGCAGUAUGCCUCGCCGGCCUGUUGCUUGUUCUGGCUCGCCGGUCACCUACCACCAACCUUUACCUACACAGUAAGGGUACGACACUGUGUCGUACGGCAGUGCUGGGAGCAGGUGUCAUCCUGCUGUUCUCCAGUAGGGCCUGUUACAACCUGGCUGUCCUUAUGCUGUCACACAGCUGCAGGGUGGAGUCGUUCGACUUUGACUGGUACAACAUCUCUGACCAGGCUGACCUUCGUAGUGAACUAGGGGACCGUGGCUACCUGGCUUUUGGGGCCAUUCUCUUCAUAUGGGAGCUGCUCCCAACCAGCCUGCUCAUCCUCAUAUUCAGGGUUCGACGGCCACCUCAGGAAGCGGUCAGCAGCAUCGUCAUCAAUAACAGACUUCCCCGCCCGUAUUUCUUUGAUGAUCCACAGGGAGUGGAUGGGGAAUCGCCUGUUCCGUGGGCCCACAGCGCCCAGCCACACACAGGUUGGUAUGGAUCGAAGGAGACAACUCCCCUUCUCUUUGCCAGCAACACAGCCGAAAAUGACCAGCACCACUCUUUCUACUCCACCCCUCAGAACUGAUUCAUUUUUUGGGGGGAGAGGGGGAAGGAGAAGUGGUUGUGAGCCGCUGAAGGGAAAUACAGGAGGCUUGUCACCACCCAUUGGACCAAUGCGUCUUUGCACUAAAAACUCAGGAAGUCAUCAACCAGAGUUGAUUAUGCACCUUGAGAUCAAAACACACCAUUUUAUAGUCAUUGCUAUAAAGGAUAGUGUUAAUACCACUACCCAGCAUUUUAGCAUGACCAAUCAAUGUAUUUAUGUCUUUGUAUAACACACCAUAAUGUUUUAUAGAAAUGUUGCCCCUCAGAACCAAUUACCAAAUGGAGGUGAAUGGAUUUUCCUUUUGUUAUAACAGGUAGGCUAGACAUUAUUCUCAGUAACCUUUGUAAUAUAGAUAACUGUUGUACUUGUUUUUUUGUGUGUUACAAAUGUAACUUUUUAAGGUUAACAGCUUUUAAAGGCCACAUACCUAUUUUCACCUGAGGAAUAAUUGAAGGGAAUUUCAUUUUUACUUUACUGUCUAUAAAGCAAAUAAAACAUUACAACAGUUCUUUUUUUA